AUAUUUUCAACAGUUUAUCGUAUUAUCCUACACACACUAACAAGACCAUCGCUCGAUCAUUGAAAAUCGAAUUGAAGCUUCUCUGGCCUCGUGUUUCAAGUCAAUAUAUUUCAUCUAAAUCUUUGCUCGUGAAAUGGCUAUUACGAAGCUUAUCUCAACUUUGAUCGUUGAUCAUCUUUUUGUCGCGGUUAACAGACGUGAUUUUGCAACAUCGAUUGUAAAUGGAAGCAUGAGGGGAAGUGGAGUGACAAUGGUGAAAAAAGGAAGCGAAGAAUCAAAGAAAUCGACUCCAUGGGUUCCAGAUCCCGUUACAGGCUACUACAAGCCCGAAGGCCAAACAAACCAGAUUGAUGCAGCAGAGCUUCGUGAAUUGCGUGUAAAGCAAAAAAAUCGCCAUCAAUAAUUAAUCAAACUUGUUUCUGAUGCAUAAAAUUAAAAGAUAUAUAGAAACGGAUUAAUUAAGGGGGGGUGGUGAUGGAAUGAACACAUUACUAAUACUGUCGAACAUAUGAUCGUGUUGUUGUUUGACAAGAAUGAAUUGAAGGAUUUGCAAUUACACUUGAAUGUUGUAUUAUAUUUAUACAUAUCUUUUUUUGUAAAA